UAUUGGGUUAGGGUUACUGCUUCUUCCUUCAUGGCCGUCAAGUCCACUACGAAUAAAGUAGAGGAACCUCUGCCACACCCUAAUGACAAUGUAAAUCCUCAGGACUGGCAAGAGGCCUUCAACAAGGAUCGGACCUCGUCUAACCCUUGCAAGGGUGCUUCCAAGGCAUCUAUGAGCUGCCUCGAUCGGAACGACUAUAACAGAGAUGCGUGCUUGGAAUACUUCCAAGCAUACAGGGAUUGCAAAAAGGCCUGGAUCGAGCAGAGGAAAGCUGACCGUCGCGCAGGUCGAGCCCCAUGAAGUUUGUCGUAUUUUUGACGAUUUCUUCAACCUAGGAGUACAUUUCACUCAUGUGUUUAUAUCCACCGUGUAACAACUUUGGUCAAGCAUAGACGAUUAGCCUUACUGAAGUAAGUGAAAAGUAUAUAUAACGAUAGCGAGGUUACAAGCACAAGUUAUGACACACGAUCGAGGCUGAAGCACAGUAUGUACACGACGCUAUCCAGGAGACAAGUUCCUAAUCCUGAGGAAGAGGGGGAGGCGCUUCCGGUUGUGGGGCGAAGAUCAGGUUGAGCGGAGGAGUCGUCUGACUGUCAUCGUUCAACAGUGUAGCGAUGAUACUUCUACCAGCAAAGCUUCGUCCAGCUAAUGCCUUCAAAGCAGACUUUGCACUCUCCGAUUCCGUGUACUUCACAUAGACUCGGCCCACACCGGCAGCUUCGUCAGCGCGUUGUGCUGCCAAACCACUGUCCAUACCACUGUCCCCCCAUUUGAAUUUGUCUUUCUUGACUGGUCGAGGGAUGCGCAGGUCCUCCACAGGGCCGAACCUGCCACAUUCUUCUUUGAUGUCUUCGUAGAUAUCCGCAUAUUCUUGGUCGUCUGAAAGGUCUUCGGGCACAACCAUGUUUAACAUGAGCAAGAUGCGUGCGUCCUCGCCUUGAAGAUCGCCUGCUGGAAGGAUAGGUUUGGGGAUCUCCGGGAAUGCCUCGUACAUUCCUGGGAUGGGUGACUGUCCUGGCUUGGCUCCAACAGAUGCGCGUUGAACCACGAGAUACUUGUCACCCAACUCCAUACCGCUGAGAGAUUGGAUAGCAACGUCAGUAGCACCCGGGUCCACGUACUCGAAGAAAGCAAAGCCCUAGCCAAUACAGUAUCAUUAAGUCGUUCCACCUAUUAUAGUAUGCAAGUCCAGAACACACCUUCGAAGGGCCGUUUCCGUUCUCCCUGACAAGGUUGAAAGCUUUCAAAUCGCCAAAACUCUUCAGGAGCUCCAUAACCUGCUCUUCAUUGAGGUAUGUCGGCAAACCGCCCACAAAGAUUUUGUUGAUAGAG